CCCGGCUCGAAGAUGAUGGGCGCGCCGGAGAAGACAAUGGAGACACUCGCCAGAUUCGAGAAGGACGUGAAGCGAACCGACACCGGGUUCCUGGCGAUAGCAACAGAGGUGGAGAAUGACGGAGAGAAAGCCUCGGAAACUCCAGAAAAAAUCAAGGAAUUUCUGAAGGAGUUCCAAGACAUUCUUCCUGACGAUCUUCCGAACGAGCUACCGCCAUACCGAACGCAUCAACACGAGAUCGUGCAGGAACCGGGUUCGAAGCCGACCUUCCGAGCACCAUACCGGCUCAGCCCUACGGAGCUGACUGACAUGAAAAAACAGAUCGAGUAUCUCCUAGCCAAAGGACUCAUCCGGCCAUCCACUUCGCCAUACGGUGCCCCAGUACUCUUCACACCGAAACCGGACGGAAGCCUGCGCAUGUGCAUCGACUACCAAGCUCUUAACAAGCAGACCAUCAAGAAUAAAUAUCCGAUACCGCGAAUCGAUGACCUGCUUGACCAGCUUCGGGGAGCUACGGUCUUUUCCAAACUGGAUCUGCGGUCCGGAUACUGGCAGAUACGGAUGGCGGACAACUCUAUCCACAAAACUGCUUUCCGAACUCGGUACGGAUCGUACGAGUAUUUGGUAAUGCCGUUCGGACUCACCAACGCACCGGCAACGUUUCAAGCCGAAAUGAACCACAUUCUACGACCACUUUUGGACGAGUGCGUGGUGGUGUACCUGGACGACAUCCUUAUCUACUCGAGCGACAUGAAGCAGCACAUCGAGCACUUGCGACGCGUCUUCGAAAUCCUUCGACGAGAACGGUUCUACGUUAAACUGUCCAAGAGCAAAUUCGCCCUUGAGAAGGUCCAGUUCCUAGGACACCUGGUGAGCGCUCAAGGAGUUCACGUCGACCCCAAGAAAAUCGAAGCCGUACGCACGUGGAAGACACCCGAGAACGUGAAGGAGUUGCAGCAGUUCCUAGGCUUCGCUAAUUACUACAACAGGUUCGUGCCACAAUAUGCGAAAAUCGCAGCACCACUCACGAAUCUGCUGAAGAAGAACACGCCCUAUAAAUGGGAACCAAAGCACUAGGAAGCCGUGGAGCAGCUGAAACAA